AUGGCGCUGAACAGGAAAUACUCUGCUCUGCCUGAUCUGGACACCGCCCCAGACGUUUACGAAACCCCAGAACUGACAGACGACAACUCCACCGUUCUCACCACAGCAGGACGGUCACAGUCGGACGAUGAGUCGGACGUGGAUGACGCCGAUGCGGGAAUUUCGCGGUCGCAUGUUCAGGUCGGCCAAGCUCGGUCUCGGUUUCUAGGGGCGGACGUCGACGCACGUGGCGUGGAUUUCUCGGAUCGCGUGGAUGGCAAGCGAAAGGCAUACCGAACGGCGAAUCGGCGGCACCGUGGUGCGCAAGAGCUGGGCGACCUGAGCGACGAAGAGGACGGCGACAGUCUUGAGCGCAAGAUUGCCCGCCUGAAGCGGGAGGUGGAGGAGACCAAAGAGGCCUAUGCCAGACAGAAGGCAGAGGAAGCCAAGGCCGAGAAGGCAGCAGCGACGGCAGAGCUGGCUGCUGCUCCUGAUCUGGACUCGCUCAGCCAGACGCUGGACGAGCUUGCCCGGCUGUCGGACAGGGACGUCACCGCCGCCCGCAUCGCCCCGCCUGUGCCGCCGUCAUCGACGACGGAUCCUGCUGCUAAUGCUGAUGCUGUUGCGAGCGAAGACGCUGCAGCACAAGCGAGCAGCUCGGCCCCGAUUGCGAGGCUGACGACAGCCGUGCCGUACCCGAGCAGCCUGGCCCAGGUAGCCGAUUUCGACAGCCGGCUGGUGCUGCUCGAGCGCUCUAUCGGCAUCGGCUCGUCGGUGCUGCCAGAGCUGGACGGCAUCGGCAUUGGCGGCGGUCCCGGCGGCGGCAUCGGUGGUGCGCUGCCGCGUGCCAUCCUGCCGACGCUGGACGCGCUGCAGCGGCAGAUUGGCACGCUGGCCGACGCCUCGACGGCCUCGCUGGACGGCAUCAGCCGGCGCGUCCGCGCGCUCACCCAGGAGGCCGACGAGCUGACCAAGGCGCGCAAGGCGGCCAAGGCGGCGCAUGAGGCGCUGGUGCAGGCGGGCGCCAGUGCUGAUGUUUCUAGUACUGCUGGUGCUGGUGCUGGUGCUGGUGCUGGUGGUGCUGGUACUCCUGCCACUGCCGACAUGGCAGACGAGCAGUCGGCCAAGAUCAACGCGCUCUACGGCACGCUGCCGACGAUCGAGAGCCUCACGCCGCUGCUGCCACCGCUGCUGGAUCGUCUGCGGUCGCUGCGGGCGAUCCAUGCCGACGCGGCCGCCGCAGGCGAGCUGCUCGACGACUUGGAGCAGCGCCAGGCCGACACCGCGGCCGAGGUCCGGCUCUGGCGCGAGGGCCUCGAGAAGAUCGAGGUCGCCAUGCGCGAGGGCGACACCACCAUGAACAAGAACAUGCAGGUCAUGGACGGCUGGGUCAAGGGCCUGGAGGAACGACUCGAUAAGGUCCUGUAG